AGCUGUGUGGUUUUCAGGAAUUGUUAGUGGGUUUAAAAAAACCAAAAUCGACUCGUUGGUGGCAUCGUCUGCGUUUGGGUUUUGUUUUCCUGAUGACCUCAGAAAUCGCCCCAAAAAGGGAAUUGACCCCGUUCUGAAGACACGAGGGUGGCCAUUUCAUCCCUGAUUUUACGUUGAACGGUGGAGUUCAGGGGUUUUUUAGUGAAGAUAACCUUUUUUGGCCAGAUUUGAUGGUUUUUAAUGUCAGGCGGAGCCGGAGAGAUGCUCUGCACGGCGGUGGUGAUGGCGGGGAGCCUGGCGCUGACGACGGCGGUGGUGGCUCACGCCUAUUACCUGAAGCACCAGUUCUAUCCCACCGUGGUUUAUCUCACCAAAUCCAGCCCCAGCAUGGCUGUUCUCUACAUCCAGGCUUUCGUGUUGGUUUUCCUCCUGGGUAAAUUUAUGGGCAAAGUGUUUUUCGGGCAGUUGAGGGCAGCGGAGAUGGAGCACCUCCUCGAGCGGUCGUGGUACGCCGUGACGGAGACCUGCCUGGCCUUCACCGUCUUCAGGGACGACUUCAGCCCUCGCUUCGUCGCCCUCUUCACCCUCCUCCUCUUCCUCAAGUGCUUCCACUGGUUGGCUGAAGACCGGGUGGACUUUAUGGAAAGGAGCCCAAACAUCUCCUGGCUCUUCCACUUCCGUAUCGUCUCCCUGAUGUUUCUCCUGGGAAUCCUGGAUUUCCUCUUUGUUAACCACGCGUACCACAGCAUCCUCACACGAGGAGCCUCCGUCCAGCUCGUUUUUGGCUUUGAGUACGCUAUCCUUAUGACCAUGGUCCUCACCAUCUUCAUCAAGUACGUCCUACACUCCAUCGACCUGCAGAACGAGAACCCUUGGGACAGCAAAGCUGUCUACAUGCUGUACACGGAGCUCUUCACGGGCUUCAUCAAAGUCCUCCUCUACAUGGCCUUCAUGACCAUCAUGAUCAAAGUCCACACCUUCCCGCUCUUCGCCAUCCGCCCCAUGUACCUGGCGAUGAGGCAGUUUAAGAAAGCGGUGACGGACGCCAUCAUGUCCCGCCGGGCCAUCCGCAACAUGAACACGCUCUACCCCGACGCCACGCCGGAAGAGCUACAGGCCAUGGACAACGUCUGCAUCAUCUGCCGCGAGGAGAUGGUGACGGGCGCCAAGCGUUUGCCUUGCAACCACAUCUUCCACACCAGCUGCCUGCGGUCGUGGUUCCAGCGCCAGCAGACGUGUCCCACCUGCCGCAUGGACAUUCUCCGGGCUUCCCUCCCGGCACAGCCGCCUCCCGAACCACCGGAGCAAGCUCCGCCACCUCCGCAACCCCCCCAGGUUCCCCAGCCCCCCAACUUUCCCCAGGGAAUCCUUCCCCCCUUCCCCCCGGGAAUGUUUCCCUUCUGGCCGCCGGUUGGUCCCUUCCCGCCAGUUCCCGGCGUUCAACCUCCCGGCGGCACCGAAAACGCCACGCCGAGCUCCAGCGCCGCUUCAGCCGCCAGGCCCGGUGACGCCGCCAACGCCGGAUCGGAAACCGUGGCGGCAGGGACAGUGCCGGGUCUUCCUUUCCCACCGCCGUGGAUGGGAAUGCCGUGGCCGCCCCUCUUCGGUUUCCCGCCGAUGCCGGUGCCGCCGGCCGGCUUUGCCGGAUUGACGGAGGAAGAACUUCGAGCCAUGGAGGGCCACGAUCGGCAAAACCUGGAAGCGCGGUUACAGUGCCUGCAGAACAUCCACACGCUCCUCGAUGCCGCCAUGGUGCAGAUCAACCAAUACCUGACGGUCCUGGCCACCAUCGGGUCGCCCCGGCCUGCAGCUGCCCGGCCGCCCUCUGCCCGUGAGACCCCCACCGAGGAGCCCACCCCCCUCGGCUCGCCCGGCAGCGCUUCGGCAACCGCAACCGCCGACGCCGGCUCCACGGCUGCCGCCGAUCCCACCGUGCCGACGGGCGCCGAAGGCUUCACCGUGCCGGAGAAAGAGGAGGAAGAGGAUGGCGGCGAAGGCUCGUCCUCGCUGGACGAACCCGACACGGCGGAGCUCCGCCGCCGCCGGCUACAGAAACUGGCGUCACCGUCGGCAGCCUCGCAUUGACACCCGCCGGUUGUGCCGCGGACGCGCCGCGGUUGCCGUUCCGGGGGUGCCAAAACCUUCGGAUGCCACGAGCCGGACAGCGCCUCUUCUUCUGCAAUUUUUUUUGUUUGUUUUCCCCGUUUUCCACCAAAACCCCCGUCGGGAAGCAAAACCGAUUCCCGGCUACGCCUGUUGGCGCCCCUAAAACAUUGCCGGCCCUUUUUCUGCGGCACCGCGGCAAGCAGCCACGUUUCUUGACCCAUUUUUCCCUGUUUUCACCCCAAAUGUCUCUACCUCUCCAGCGAGCCAGGAUCCGGUGCGUGUUUUGGAGCCGGCGGUUGUGUGUUUUGGGGUAACCGCGCCCGUUCGGGGCGGUAAUUAAGGACAGGGGCCUCGAUCGCAGCGAGACGGUGAUCGAGCGAGUGCCGGCACCGCUUGCAAUUGCUCAAAAUUGCCCAUUUUUAACCCAGAAUCUUCUCUGGGCGCUCCCGGCGGCAGAGCGGGUUGUCACCGGCGGCGUCGACGCUGCCAAAACCGCCUCGAGCUGCGUCGGCUUCGAGUUGCCACCGCUUUACUGGGUUACCGGGGACUUUGGGGUGCCCUCCCCGGCUUUCACCAACCACCCCCUCGUUAGCAAACGAGCUCGUUAACAGUAUUAACCCCUCACCCCCCAGGAAAGCCGCUUCCCACACCGAAAUAUUUCCCCCCUUUGAAGCCCGUUGGGGGAACCACGGUGCCGAUCGGCGCCUAUCCGGCACCGCCCAGCAACUUAAUAAACCCCUAAAUCCUCCGCCUGACCCCAACCAGUCCCUUACUGGUGCCGCGGCGCGCCCAAACUGGUUUUUACUGGUUUCACCUCGCCGACGGUGCCGGGAGUUGGGUUUUGGGUUGGGUUUGGUUUUUUUUUGUUUCCUUUGGUCACUUUCUGCCUCCCGACCGCCAAAUUUUCACCUCGUUUCCUUCGCCGGCAAAGCGACGCCGUGUUGGUGCGGCGCCGCCGGCGCCUUUGCUGGAAAAAAAAAAAAAAGUUGCGGUGACGCCGCCUCUUCCACCGCGUUUCUUCCCCGCUCCAGGAACGCCGCGACUCUUCAGUGCCUCUUUGAACCGAAAAGGGCUUUGAGGAGCCCAAAUAUCUCAGGGAAAUAAACAAAACCGCGUUCGGAGACGGCGGCAACUGGAGCGUUUUGAGGCAGAAAACGGCAUUUUUUUUGCACCAAAACCGGCGGCGGCGAGGACGGCGUGAAGUAAGGAGCUGGUGGCGGGUGGUUUUUAUUUUUUUUUUUAAGGCGGGGAGGAGCGGGAAUGAUUAUUUUUGGUAACGAGGCUGAUUUUAUUUUUUUUUUCUUCUCCCUUUAAAUUUUUGGCUCUCGUUGCCCCAAACUUGAGCAUAUUAACGAGGAGUUUCGCAAUAACGAAGCAGUGAUGGGAGAACUGCAAGGAGUUGAUUUUUUAAAACUUUUUUUUUUUUUUAAACAUUUUGAGCCAAAAUCGUGACCUUUUGUGGCCGGUUCUGUUUGACGUUGGGUUUUUUUUGGUGGAUUCCUCAAAAUUUCCUGCGUUUUGGGGUGGAAACCACGGGGAGGGGGAGGGAACAAAGGCACGCAGGCAAUUGGGCUCCCUUUCACCCCAAAACCAUUUCCUUUCUCUUUCGGGUGGCGUUGGCAUUGGAGGAAUUAUUUAAUUUGUAAAUAAUGUAUAAAUUUUUAAUAGCUUAAUUGUAAAUACACCGGAAUAAAGGUUGCAGUAAAG